AUGGGAGGUCUAGUGUCGAAAUACCUUUCCAACCUUAUUUGGGGCAAGAAGGCUAUCCGGAUAUUGAUUCUUGGUCUCGACAAUGCCGGCAAGACCACACUUCUCUACCGACUCAAGAUCGGGGAAGUGGUGACAACAAUUCCGACGGUUGGGUUCAAUGUUGAGUCCGUGCAGUAUGGCAGCCUCAAUUUCGACGUCUGGGAUCUCGGUGGCCAGACGUCCAUAAGACCCUACUGGAGAUCGUAUUAUGCCAAUACCGCUGCCGUGAUAUUCGUUAUCGACUCCACGGAUAUCGAGCGGUUAGAGAUAGCUGCCGAUGAGCUCCGAUCCAUGCUGAAUGAAGAUGAGCUGAGAGACGCUGCUUUGCUAGUCUUUGCAAACAAGCAAGACCAGCCUGGAGCGCAAGGCGCCGGAGAGAUUUCUGAAGCUCUGAAAUUGAGCGAGUUAAGAGAUCGGAAUUGGAGCAUCGUGGCCUGUUCGGUGAUCGAUGGUAAAGGCAUCACCGAAGGCAUGGAUUGGCUCUCGUAA